UCUCGGAAAAAAAAAAAAAAAGUUAUUGGUAGGCCUAUAAUGGAAAUCCAAUGCGAACAAACACUAAUCCAGUGCUCAGGAAAAGCUUCUUCUUUGUCUUAUCUUCUCUGUACUUGGCAAAUCCAACCACUAUAGAAAUCGCUGCAGAACGUUCUCUUUCCCACUUGCUUUCUCUCUACAUGUUCGAUUAGGGUUUCUGACUAUUGUGGUGUCAGAUUGGGUCAUUCACUCCCACGGUUGUAAUUUGUCCGUGAGAGCCUACGAGGAUGCCUCGCACAUCCAAAAGAAAAGCGGCCCCACCAUCCGUCAAAUCUUCUGAUGCCGUUCCUGUUCGUUCCGGUAAAGCUAUAUCAAAAACGGUGGAACAGAUCGAUCGCCUAUUUGAUUCAUAUGCAAACCCAUCCUUCGGCUUGAUUGAUCCAGAAGGAAUUGAAACACUUUGUUCUGAUGUGGGAGUGAACCAUACUGAUAUUAGGAUACUGAUGCUUGCUUGGAAAAUGAAUGCGGAAAAACAGGGCUAUUUUUCAAAGGAUGAAUGGCGAACAGGACUAAAAGCUCUAAAGGCUGACAGUCUAAAUAAAUUAAAGAAAGCACUCCCAGCGCUUGAGACUGAGGUGAUGAUGCCACCAAACUUUCAAGAUUUCUAUGCUUAUGCAUUUCGAUACUGCCUUACAGAAGAAAAGCAAAAGUGUGUAGACAUUGACACAAUCUGUGAAUUGCUGAAUCUUGUUCUUGGUUCCCAAUUCCAUGCCCAGGUUAAUUCAAUGACCGAGUAUCUGAAGUUCCAGAGUGAGUACCGGAUGCUAAAUAUGGAUCAGUGGAUGAACUUCUAUCGUUUUUGCCAUGAGAUAAGUUUUCCUGAUCUUCAAAACUAUGAUUCCAACCAAGCUUGGCCCUUGAUUCUUGAUGGAUUUGUUGAAUGGAUGAGAGAAAAGCAAUGCUAAUUUCAGCUCCGUUGAUUAUAUAGAGCACGGGGGUAGAUGUUGCAAAAUUUGAUUCCGAACUAACAAACCGAUGAUAUGAUACCUACAACAUCAAUUGAAGACGCUUCCCACAUCAAAGCUGCACUGUUGUGAUGUGUACUCUGGAGGUUCUUCAGGCAUUUAUAUUACAUUGUUUAAGUUUUGCAGUCUCGUUUCUGUAACAUCUAUAUUUUUACUGUCAGAUAUUUUUUUCACUUGAUGUUGUUGACUGGGCUAUAAUUUUUGAGUUGGACAUGAGCUAUACACGAUUUCAGAAGAGUGAUUCAAUUAAAAAGGGCUAACCUUCUCGGCUAA